AAGUGGAAUAUUAUGCCAUGUUAAAAACAACUGGGAAAUGUCCGACAUCUGACUUCAGUGCGUUCAUUACAACUGGGAACUCGAAGGAAAAAAAGAGUUCUGACUGGGAAAAAUCGUUGUGAACGGUCAUCCAACUCGGAAUUCCAAGUCUGAAACUCGGGCAUAUUUCUAAAGCGCUGACUUUCCGACCUGAAUAUCACAGACGUCAUUAUUUGACCUCGUUUUUUCCCGAGAUCCCAGUUGUCCUGAAAGCACCAUUGGCUAAACAGACUACCAGUUACUAAACCGGACCCCAUGCUAGACAAGAUCCUGUACUGUCAACAAACGAAAACUUCAUUUUAGCUCGUGACUGCAAUGUUACCAUGGAUACGUCUGGUUUACAAACACCUCUGGGCUGUCAAAUUAUAUUGCAGCCCAAUUGAAAUAGCCAAUCAUGACUUCUGAAGUUUACCUGGAAAUCGUGGGUUUGAUGAAAGAACACCAUUUUCAAAUUGCGAAGAGCAUUGCCGAGGGACUGAAACAGAAGUUUCCCACCUCGUUUUUGGAUCCAACAAUUCGUCCAUUACUCGAAUGUGACUGGCAUGUGUAUCUAACCAAUAAGAAAAGGGAGCUGAAAGGGGAGGUGUGGCAGUUCUCCAGCAAUCUAAUGUGUUUCGUGAAUGGUUGUCUCCUUGGCAACGAGAAGGACCUGACCAGCUGGGCUGAGAAGCAGUGGGAGUUUACACUUAUCCGUCCACAUGCACUAUACCUGGCCCUCGCUGACGACUACUACUCUAAACACCUCAACAGCACUGGGCACACGUUUGUCUACAUGGACGUUUCGAUCCGAGGGGAAUCGGUUGGGAGAUUACUGUUUGAGCUGUUUACAGAGCUGUGUCCGAAGACGUGUAAAAACUUCCAGGCUCUGUGUACAGGGGAGGCAGGCCUGUCACAGAGUGACUUAAUGCUGUCCUACAAGGGUUCUGUGUUCCAUCGUGUGGUGCCCAACGGCUGGAUACAGGGGGGAGAUAUUUCGGCACCAGGCAAAGGCAACGGAGGGGAGUCAAUCUACGGGCCAACUUUUGAAGAUGAGAGCUUUGCAGUCUCCCACAGUAGGAGGGGCAUCCUGGGAAUGGCCAACCAGGGUCCUCAUAGCAACAGCUCUCAGUUCUACAUCACCCUGCAGCCCGCCUUUUGGAUGGACAGAAAAUAUGUGGCUUUCGGUCAAGUGGUUGAAGGCACAGAGGUUCUGAGGAGACUUGAGGAAGUCCCAACCUACAAUGAAAGACCCAAACAAGACUGUAAAGUAGCAGACUGUGGAGUGUUUGAACCCUGACAUUACCUUAACUGCACAUUUUUAUUAAAACCCAGUUUGACAUAACUGGUCCAGCUCUAUUUUAUUCUUGGUAUAUUCAGUUAAGCUCAGUUAAUUAAAGCUUUAGUCACUGGGGAAUUGGAUUUGUAAUAAAUAUACACAGUACCAUU